GCCACCUGUCUACGGCACAAUUUUCACUGAACAUUGCUCUGCUCUUUGUCGGACUUAAAAAAUCCAAACCACUUCCAAAUUACUGAAACAGUUUAACCCUUUUCAUCAAUAAUUUCUUAGUUGGAAGCUGCUCCUUCUCAACGGCUAUUACUGCCACUGUUUUCGCCUACAUCACUCAUUUUUCGUGGUUAAUAGUGGCUACUCUAUCAUUCGAGGUACUAAAUGGUUUUUAGUGGGCGUAUACCUCUCCACGUGCAUAUGGUCACUUCUCCGCAAGUUCCUGCUGCUGUCACGACCCUUGUCGUUGGUGGAAGAAGUGGACCAAAGCACAGCGUGAUUCACACGAUAGAGAACACAGCAAUUUUGACGGACUGGGUCGAGGAAACGAAACGCAAACCAAGCAAGAUAAAUGUUGCCUUAUCGGCUCGCUUGUCAGGACUGUGGUGUGAAGUUUGACACCAUCCGCCGCUUCAAGCAGCAUGUCCGCAGGAAGCAACAUCAACAGCAAGUGGCAGAGCUCUUCCAGACAGAUGAGUACCACGGUCAAGUCUACUUUGCCCCUUUCUUGGUUCUGGAGCAUCUGGCCAGGAAACCCACAAACACCCCAUAUCCCAUCAUCGGUCUGUGCCUGGUGACAUUGUGUGUGAGUCCAGAGGGGAGGGAUACUUUCUACCUUUGUCACAGUUGUGAGGAGAAGUGUGGCCCAGGACAGAUCAUAGACCACCUCCUCUCUGCUGACCACCUCUCCAACUACUAUAGCUACACAGACCCUGAUGUGUUGAGUUUCUCCUGGAUGCCUAACAUGGAUAUGUUGAACCUCCUACGGCCGCUAGCUGUCAAAGAGAUGGACAAGGAUGGACCUGGAGUGCUACGGGUGCUGGACAUGCCUAAGAGUGUGUCUGUGAAAUUGAAGACAAGUGGCUACUCUAAAGUCAUGCAGGCCCUGACUCAGACUGACAGGCUGGCUGAGUGUAUCAGAGCUGACAGACCAGAAAGGAUGACUAUACAAGAGUACCACAGAGACCCCAACAGGAAACACCCUCUGCUGGGUCUACAGCACCUGGUGGAGUACUGCUGUGAAGGGCAUGGCCAAAGGAGAUCCUACCUCUGUCAGCUCUGCCGCCUCCCUGUCCCCUCACGGAGGGUCAUCCAACACACACUCGGCUUCGACCACCUCUACUGGUACUUCAAGGUGUUUCACCCCUCCACCCUCCUGAUGAAGGACUGUUAUAAAGAGUACAGCUGCAGGUUCAUCGCCAUGAUCCUGGACCUGGCCAAUCAGGUGCAAGACAUCAGUCAGUCAGCCAAUAUGGAGAUACAGCAAGUUGUGUUGGAACCAGCAGUGUUCUCCUCAGUUGAGUUUUCUGUCUACACAGAGGCUCUGAGGAAGUUGCAGACCAUUAGGAGAGCUCGUAAGGAGGGCAGCCUUAAGACCAGCAUUAUACCUGGAGACAAACUGGUUCCUUCCUCAGAAGGGUCAAAGAUUACCAAAGAUGUUACCAUGACUAAUGUUGCUGAGGCUGUUCCUAUGGAGACCAAGUCAAGCCCAGUGAAGACCUAUGUCACACCUACAGCUGUUGAGACUGUAGCUACAGCAAGUACUGCUCCAGUUGUUACCAAAGCUACUAGCCAGAGGGGGACCUGUCGACUGCACUGUCAGGACUGCAACGUGGUAUGUGAGUCUGUGUCGCAGUACAAGUUACAUGUGCGUCACUGGAAACACAAGGAGAUGCUAGGAGUUAUCUUUGAACCAGGGGAAGAGGACAGUAAAGCCUGCAUCCCAUCCUUUACCUUGUAUGAGUACAUCCGGAACUCAGAAAGAACUGAACCAAUUAUUGGUGUCUAUCUGUUGGUGAUGUGUUUGAGUACUGAGUGUUGGAAAACGCCCUUCUACCUGUGUCACACCUGUCAGGAGAUAAUCCCUGCCAAUCUCGUCAUGACUCACCUCACCUCCACACUCCACCUUCGACGCACCCUGAUGUACCAGAGUCCGCAGUGUCUGCCAUUCGGGUGGGGGACAGAAAUGGGCCUGGAGGUCCUGAAGACUUUGGCCUGGGAGGAGGAGAGAGUCCGAGGAGAGAGAGACAAUGUACUGAAGGUGUUUGAUAUUCCUGACAGUGUUUUCCACAGCAUUAAGAUGUCCUCCUACUCCUCCGCCAUGAAGAAACUCAAGAACUUCCAUCGUUAUCUAAAAGUUGACAGGCCGCUGACGUUUUCCGCCCAUCUGAAAAACAAAGACCGGAGGAUUCCUAUGCUGGGUCUGCAGUUCCUGGUUCAGUACAGUGUUACUAGGGCCGGGGCCUCGUCUCCAGGCUGGGGCUUCCUGUGUUUGUUGUGUGAGAGGAAGUUGUCAGACGGACUCAGCAUCGCUCACAUACACAGCUAUGAACAUGUCACCACGUUCCUGGAGCGUGCCCAUCCAGGCUCUGUGAAAGAGGUAGAGGAGUCUGAUAAGAGGAGCGAAAUACUGCUGGACCUGGCACAACAGGCUGAGAAAAUACACGCCAUGGGGUGUCUACAGUUCAUGAUGUUGCAACGCUACAUCGGGGAGUCAGUCAUCUAUGAGAAAGCCUUAGUGAUCUUGAAGGCGAUCAAGAAGAGAGAGAACAUGGGAGACCUGAUGCCCAUGCUACCACCUGGCAAGAAACUGGUUCCCUCCAGUUCGAUCAGAGACCAGAGCCAGACUACCCCAGAACCUGCCCCUACAUCUGUAGGAGAGGAGAAACCGACCAGGAAAGAGACUGACAAAGACAAUGAGACCGAGAUGGACAGAGAGGCCACCCCAGAAACCAUUCAAAUGACCCAGGAGACUGGGGUGGAAGUGGACAAACGCAUUGGCAAAGAAACCUGCAGUGACCCCAGUAAAGACACUGGCAGAGAGACCAGUAAAGACACUGGCAGAGAGACCAGUAAAGACACUGGCAGAGAGACCAGUAAAGACACUGGCAGAGAGACCAGUAAAGACACUGGCAGAGAGACCAGUAAAGACACUGGCAGAGAGACCAGUAAAGACACUGGCAGAGAGACCAGCAGAGAGACCAGUAAAGACACUGGCAGAGAGACCAGUAAAGACACUGGCAGAGAGACCAGUAAAGACACUGGCAGAGAGACCAGUAAAGACACUGGCAGAGAGACCAGUAAAGACACUGGCAGAGAGACCAGUAAAGACACUGGCAGAGAGACCAGUAAAGACACUGGCAGAGAGACCAGUAAAGACACUGGCAGAGAGACCAGUAAAGACACUGGCAGAGAGACCAGUAAAGACACUGGCAGAGAGACCAGUAAAGACACUGGCAGAGAGACCAGUAAAGACACUGGCAGAGAGACCAGUAAAGACACUGGCAGAGAGACCAGUAAAGACACUGGCAGAGAGACCAGUAAAGACACUGGCAGAGAGACAAUAACAAAAGCUAGUCAAGAGACCCGAAAGGACAGCAGGAGCAGAGGGAAAGAUAAGGAGGCGGAAAAGAUAAUCAAGGAGAUGGAGACUGGCAAAAAAGAGACCAGUACAGAGACUCGCAAAAAGUUAGGGAGUAAGACUAGAAACAUGACAGUCCAUGAGACCAGCAAAGACACUGGGAAAAUGACCAGUACAGAGACUGUUAAGGAGACUGAGAGAGAGACUAGCACAGACAUGGAGAGAGAGACCUGUAGAGCUGUUAGUAUAGUGGCCAGUAGAAUCAGCAAUAGAGAAACCAAAAAAAAGCCAGAGACUUGUAAAACACCUGAAAAGAAGACCAAUACUCAGACUGUGAAAGAAAAAACUAAAGUGACUCCUCCCCCCAUCUCCCCUCCAACCACUAAUCUGUGGGAUUUCCUGAAGAGGCAGAACCGAGGAGCUGUGAUUGGUCUGAGUGCACUCAUCGAGUGCCACAGUCACGGCCAGCCCCCCCUCUACCUCUGCCAGGUGUGUGGGUGUAAAGUCUUCCAGAACGCCAUCAUCGUCCAUGUAACCACAGACUGCCACCGGCUUUCCUACCUGAGGUCGCUGAAGACAGUGGUUGUCCCCAAAGGGAACCAGCUCCAUAAGAAGUUGAGGAGAGCUGCCUUGAAGCUGGAGAGGACCAUGGGAUAUGGAGAGGCUGAGGUAACGGAGUUGGAUGCACACACUUACAAUUUUGUUGCAGAAAGAUCCUUUGCCAUUGGCCUGAACAUUGUAAUGAAGGUCAUAAAUGGUGACCCUUCACCUGACCCCCUACUGUUGGUCAGCCCUAAACCCCCUGACCCCUCACCCCAGGUCAGCCCUGACCCCUCACUCCAGGUGUCAGAGGUCAGCAACCCCACCAUGACCUCUACAGCUCUGUGGUCCUACCUGAAUGCCUCCACCAGGACACAGCCUGUCAUCGGUGUCAGUAUGUUGACAGAGUUGCCAGACAGACAUGGUGACUACUUCCUCUGCCGCUGCUGUUCUCACAGGAUGUUUACAUCAUCCCUCAUUGGACACCUAAUCUCUGCUCGACACCGCUACCACUACAUAAAACUAGUGUACCCUGAGCUGGCUGCUGAUUGGCCAGUGAGCCCAGAGCUGACGGUGAAGGCGGGGCCUCUUCAUGAGGAGCUGAGAGUGAGAGCUGCAGAACUGGAGGCACAGGAGGGACUAGGACAGCUCACGGUGGUAAAGAGAGAACCUGCUGCUGGAGACACAACCACUACCAAUACUGAAGGGACUGCCCAGCAGAGCCAGAACGGCUCACCUCCUCUCUCUGUGAAAGAGGAACCGGUUGACUCCACAGUACCAUCCCAGCCCCCUAGAGGAGAAAAGAGGAACAAGAGGAGGAGCAACCCUGUGGUUGGUGUGAACUUCCUGGUCCAGGUGUCCCACAGGAGAAGGAAACAGUACUACUGUCAGCUAUGUUCUGUCAGGAUGAAACACGCUAUUGCUGAUCACAUGACCAGCCUCAGCCACCGACACAACUAUGUGAGGUUGAAGUACCCUGGUUGGACCUCCAGCCCGGUAGAGAUGGAGAAGAAGCUGUUCAAAAUGGCCGUUCACCUGGAGAAGGUCGACAGAGACGCAGGAAUGGGCAUGCAGAAGGUAGAAGUGGAAGCUGAUGAGUACAAAGAGCUGUUGUCCUUUCCUGUGGAGGAAGGUGUCAGUAAACUGCAAGCCAUCAUCAGACGGCAACAAGAGCCAUGCGAUCUGAGACACACAGCUCCCUCGACCAAUCACAACCCAGAGGAUCUGAGACAGACAGCUCCCUUGUCCAAUCCCGAUGCAGCCCAAUGUCCAGCUCAAGGUAUGUGUGGGGCAGAGUCACGUGAGACCGAGGGAGUGUGUCCUCUCCCUGUCAGUCUAUCAGAGGAGGAGAAUGACCAGACGCUCCUGGUUCAGAUCUCAAUGUUUUUGGGAGAAGACCAGGAACCCCUACAAGUACCUUCCCGUUCCUCCAGGAUCAGCCACCCCUUAUUUCCAUCCCUCUCCCACUCUCUACACCUCACCCUAUCCCCCUCUCUUCCUCAAUCCCCCUCCCUCUCUCCCUCAAACCCCUUUUCUACCUCUCUUUCCACAGUUGUCCUAUCUACCUCACCCUCCCUCUCUUCCUCCAUACCAUCCCACACCCCCUCGUUGUCCACAGAGAAGACAACACACCCCUCCCCUGUCUCUGUCCCUGUUCCUGCACCUCUCUCAGCUCUGAGGAGCUCAACACAUUUGAAGGACUGGGAGACUUCUCUGAGUCCAGAGUGGUGGGAGAGGAAGAGCCCAGAAUGCAGAGAGACACAGACGCUUCUAGAAAUACCAGACAGACACACUCUUCUGGAAUACUCGGGCAGAGACAGACAGAUUGAAUACUCAGCGACAGACCGACAGACUGCAUACACUGAGAGAAACCGACAGACUCAUCUAGAAUACUCUGAGAGAGACAGACGGGCAGACUACUCAGAGAGAGACAGACGGGCAGACUACUCAGAGAGAGACAGACGGGCGGACUACUCGGAGAGAGACAGACGGGCGGACUGCUCGGAGAGAGGCAGACGGGCGGACUACUCCGAGGGAGGCAGACGGGCGGACUACUCCGAGGGAGGCAGACGGGCGGACUACUCCGAGGAGGCAGGCGGGCGGACUACUCCGAGGGAGGCAGGCGGGCGGACUACUCCGAGGAGGCAGGCGGGCGGACUACUCCGAGGGAGGCAGGCGGGCGGACUACUCCGAGGAGGCAGGCGGCCGGACUACUCCGAGGGAGGCAGGCGACCGGACUUCUCCGAGGGAGGCAGACGGGCGGACUUCUCCGAGGGAGGCAGACGGGCGGACUUCUCCGAGGGAGGCAGACGGGCGGACUACUCCGAGGGAGGCAGACGGGCGGACUACUCCGAGGGAGGCAGACGGGCGGACUACUCCGAGGGAGGCAGACAGGCGGACUACUCCGAGGGAGGCAGACAGGCGGACUACUCCGAGGGAGGCAGACAGGCGGACUACUCCGAGGGAGGCAGACAGGCGGACUACUCCGAGGGAGGCAGACAGGCGGACUACUCCGAGGGAGGCAGACAGGCGGACUACUCCGAGGGAGGCAGACAGGCGGACUACUCCGAGGGAGGCAGACAGGCGGACUACUCCGAGGGAGGCAGACAGGCGGACUACUCUGAGGGGGAACUGGACGAAGACCAAGAACACACACAUCAUCACAGUGAACACACACAUCAGCACAGUGAACACACACAUCAGCACAGUGAACACACACACUUCGAGCAGGCCCCAGCAAGCUGGCUCAGUGUUCCACAGGUGUAUCUGCUGCCGGACACACCCGCAGCAAAGAGGGUUGUCGGCCCCAGCCACCUGUCCAAAUACCUGAAAGUGAAGGGCCUUCACAACACAGAACCGAUCAUAGGUCUGGGCAGUGUGGUGGAGUGUAGAGGUAUAUCCCAGGCUACGUUUUUCAUGUGUGUGAGCUGUGCUGAGACUCUCUCCAGUACACACAUCUGUGAACACAUCAUCAGCGCGCAACACCAGCAGUGCUACAUGUUUUCCCAGUAUAGUCCUAUGCGCUGUGAUUGGUUGAGAGAGCAGCAGCAGCCUCCGAGUCCACAGCUCCUCAGGAAGGUUGCUUCAGCACUGUCACAACUGGAGGUGGAUCUAGAUGCACAGGUGAUGCUGCUGGAUCAGAUGUGGUAUAACCUUGUGAAGUCAGCUCCAUUCUACGAAGCCAUGUACAUGCUGCAGGAACAGAAUCAGAAUGCCCUGUGUCUACACACAGCAAGCAGACAUCAGCUUUUUCCCCCAGUUGGUCCUGACCCAGCAACGGAGCAGGGCUUUGACCAGAACCACAGAGUGAUGGAUAAACUGACCAUGGAUCAGAUUGAGCCCCAUCACCCCCUGCAGACAGCAGAUACAGUGGCUGGUAAACUGACUGGAGAUCAGCUGGAGUCAGGCCAGUGCAUACAGACCGCAGACAGACGGCCAGAUAAUCAGAACCCGGAUCAGCCCCAGUGGAGCCAGAGCUCAGAGAGAACAGAGAUGGUCCCUGAGCCAAUAAGAGCCAAGACACCACAUAAUUCUGAGCCAAUCAGAGACCAGACACCACAGAACAUUGAGCCAAUCAGAGCCAAGACGUCAAAGAAUUCUGACCCAAUAAAAUUCCAGACACCACAGAACACUGGGCCAAAAAGAGCCUGGAUGCCACAGAACUCCUCAGAACCACAUCUGGACCAAGACAACACAGUCAUUGUCAAACAGGAGCCUGUGGACCCCAAGGUGGAACCUCAGCCCCAUCCUCAUACCCAGCCUGAGGUGGACCCCUUAAAGGAUUCCCUGUAUGGACACAGAGUCCAGUUCUCCCCAGAUGUACAGAACCUGGCUGGUGUGUGUGAGGUGGAGUACCAGGGGACCGUCCUAGCACACAGCCAAGAGGUGACACGAAUAGGAGGGGCCACAGAGAACUCCCUUCAACCCACCAAGAACUUGAGAGACUCCGUCAACAACAGCUUGCCUUUGGUCGGUCUCAGUGCAAUGAUAGAGUGUUGCAGUGAGGGCCAGGUGUCCUUCUACCUGUGUGUGUCGUGUGGCAGCAAAAUUGAAAAAACUCUACUCAUCAGCCACGUCCUCAAAUACAGACACCGACAGCUGUACCUGACAAUGAGGUACCCGUGGUAUUUCCUUGGUGUGGUACCAGCCCGAGGGUUGGCAGAACAGUCCAGACUGAUGCAGAUUGCUAAGGAGGUGGAGGAGCAGAACCAUGAUGAGCCUGGCACGCUACAGGAGGUGAUUCUGGCCCCUGCUGACUUUGCCGAGAUCAAACGGAUGCUGUUUGAUAAAGCUGUAUCCCGUUUGCAGGAGAUCUGUAGAGAGCAGAACCAGACUGAACUCCUCACCAUGGUCACCAGCAAACCUGAACCAAUAGUGGUCAAGCAGGAGAUUGUGGAGUGCCAGGUGGUCUCCCAUCAGGCCUUGGGGCUAUUCCUACCGCCACAGAGAUGUAGGAGAAACACGGGAAAACGUUGUUCUAACGUUGAGGGGUCAGAGGUGAGGGGUCAGCAGCAGGUGAAGAAGAGAAAGGUGUCCAGCCCCCCUGAGGGUCACACUGCCCCUGUCAUCUGUCUAUCAUCUCCUGAAGUCAUCAAGUCUUCUGAAACACACACUGUCAACCAGACACACAUCAUCACACCCUCACCCACACAAUCCAACACUAAGCCGAAACUCACAUACACACACUCUGACUCUCAAACUAAACUUAAACCUUCACGCACACACCCCAAACCCAGUUCAACAGCCCCAGAAUAUACUAGACCCAAACUCAUUCCCCAUUCUGCCACCAAGCCCUCCGGUAUCCCUGCCGACAGCCUGACUGUUGCCAAAGAGUCCUCUAGCAAGAAAGCCACUCACACACUGUGCAAACCCACACACACACUGUCCAAUAGCCAGAAGCUCACUGACAAACAUUCGGACAAGAAUGAGUCUCAGAAACAUACUGAAAAGGCUAAACCUACUCGCACACACAGUGAACGCACACACAGAAACCGCACACACACUCGCAAACACAGUGACCUCACACGCACUGACAAAGCCAAAGACGGACACAGUGACAAGACCAAACGCAGACACAGUGACCGCAAACACACUAACAGACAUUCUGACCACUCACGCUGUCACACCAGCUCUAAGAGACAUAAUCGUAGCUCCAGCCGUUCCUCCAAAGCCUCCCCCAGAGCUAGUCCCUCUGAGCCCCCUGCUCUCCCCCUACUCCCCGCUGCAUUCUCCCCCACCAGAGCCACUUCUGCGGCGAGCCUAAGCCAGGUCAAACCCAGCCAACCUUCCUGCCUAGUCAACAAACAACUACCCAAACAGUCCAGCCAACCAACCAAGAGACCUCCCAACCCAACCUCAGCAGUCAGACCUCUCCAGACCCAGGCCAACCCUCCCAACAACACCUCUUACCCCCACCUGCACCCAGAAAGAACCGGACCCAUGACCCCCCACUCGGACCCAUGA